AUGUCACCUAAAAGCUACGAUUAUCAAUGCUCCAAUUAUUAUCGCUCCAUUGGCAGCGCCUCGUUUAAAUAUGCUGAGACCGCAAGAGCGAAACAUAAGAAGAAAUGUGUUUUUGAAAUGGCCAAACAGAUUGAUGAAACGCUGAACUUCAUCAGCCAUCCCGCUUCAUACGUGUCUGGUGCUGAUGAAAUGGGAUGCGUGAAUGAUUAUGCGCCCCCUCAAUCUGGAAGCGAAGUACCUGCUGAAAAUGAAGACGAUUCGUUGGAUAACAUGGAGUGGAAUACAAACGAUGAGCUGGUUGAUCAGAGAUGUUUCAUACUUUGGUUGAUGAAGCUGCCUCCACAACACGGCACCGGUUGGAAAAGCUUACAGCUCUGCAUCAAACUUCAUCAGCGUGCUUUCCGAAGAAAGAUCCCGCACCGCUUUAUGGAGGAGCUGAUUGAAGACAUCAACGAGUAUGUUCCGGUUGUCUUUCCGCCGUUGCCGAGCAACUACAAAGCGAAAGCUGCCCUGCUCGAGCGAUAUCCCGUCAAAUCUCCUGAGUACGAUAUGCGCUCGAAUGGGUGCAUGAUGUUUACCAACGCACGGAACGAUUUGGACGAAGCCUACAUCUGCGGAACACCACGCUUCAAGAUCAAAAAUCCGCUGAAUCCAGAAGUAUCUGUCGUUGGGCUAAGUACUGUGCCAUCUUGCCCGCUACACUACAAGAUGCGAAAGACCAAAUGA